GGAAAAAACAAACCAUUUAUUAUCCAUCAACUAAGAUAUUUAUGGUAACAAGAAUUGUUGAAGACACUGUUCUACUUCUGAGUAUCAUUUCCCGGUGGGAGUUCAAAUGCUGGCGGCAGGAGAAUCUUGAAACCCUAACCCUAAUUUCCACCCACUCGUUCGAUCGCUCGUUUCUUCUGAAAAUCCAGUAAUUCAUUCAUACGAAAGAUCAAUGGCCUCUCUGACCUUAUCUGGAAAUCUCGUUGCAACAAAAAAGUUUCGCUGUCGUUUCCCCAAAAGAGACGGCGUCGUGAGGUGUAAUCUGGUUGAGCCCUUGAAGUUUAAGGACAACGGGAAGCCAUGCAUUCCGGUCUUCAGCAGUGAACAAUCAUCAUUGCCUAGUUUUUUGUCUUCUAAUCAGUCAGAAAGAUAUGCAAUUAACAAAAAUGAUACUAGACUUCGAAUAUUUUCUGGUACUGCUAAUCCUGCACUUUCUCAGGAAAUUGCAUGCUACAUGGGUCUGGAGCUCGGAAAGAUAAAUAUAAAACGUUUUGCCGAUGGGGAAAUAUAUGUCCAGUUGAAAGAGAGUGUUAGAGGGUGCGAUGUUUUUCUUGUGCAACCCACAUGUCCUCCUGCAAAUGAGAAUCUUAUGGAGCUUUUGAUCAUGAUAGAUGCUUGUCGGAGGGCGUCGGCUAAAAAUAUUACUGCAGUUAUUCCAUAUUUUGGAUAUGCUAGGGCUGAUCGAAAGACUCAAGGGCGUGAAUCCAUUGCGGCCAAACUUGUAGCAAAUCUGAUUACUGAAGCAGGUGCAGACCGUGUUCUUGCUUGUGAUCUUCAUUCUGGGCAGUCUAUGGGUUAUUUUGAUAUUCCAGUGGAUCAUGUACAUGGUCAGCCUGUGAUACUCGAUUACCUUGCCAGCAAGACCAUUUGUUCUGAUGAUUUGGUAGUGGUCUCACCGGAUGUUGGUGGAGUUGCUAGAGCACGCGCUUUUGCCAAAAAAUUGUCUGAUGCACCUUUGGCCAUUGUGGAUAAAAGGCGUCAUGGACACAAUGUUGCAGAGGUGAUGAAUUUGAUUGGUGACGUUAAGGGAAAAGUAGCAGUUAUGGUGGAUGACAUGAUUGACACGGCUGGUACUAUUGCCAAAGGAGCUGCUUUAUUACAUCAAGAGGGGGCCAGGGAAGUGUAUGCAUGCACCACUCAUGCUGUCUUUAGUCCUCCUGCAAUAGAGAGGUUGUCGAGCGGUCUGUUUCAAGAGGUGAUAAUUACAAACACCAUCCCGGUGUUGGAGCAGAACUAUUUUCCCCAGCUGACAGUCUUAUCUGUAGCAAACCUUCUGGGCGAAACCAUAUGGCAAGUUCAUGAUGACUGCUCUGGUGGUUUUGAACCUUACUCAAGCUUGGGCAUUGAUUGAUCAAAUCUCUUCGGUAGUGCAUCCUUUCCAGCUUCCAUAAAGGCAUUUGACUACCUUGGAAAAAGUAUUGCAACCUCAAAUUUUACCCUGGCGAGGAAACCUCAGCUUCUUUUUUCUUUUGUUUACAGAAAUCCAUUGACAAACUUGAUCCGAGUGUAGAUAUUAGUCUGUAAAUCUGUCGACUCAAGCUAUGUUACAUUAGCCAUGAUAUUUUUUUGGUCUUCCAAUGACCUAGUGAUAAAUGCCCGAGUUUUACAAUUUUA